CGCGGACAAGAGACGUGCCCCGCGCGUGGUGCAGAGUGGGCCAUCGGUUCUCUGCACGGCUGGCCCCGGUGGUCUGAAGCUAUGUACGGGACUGGGCCUUGUGGUUAGUCGCAUUUGGUGCGUCUCGCACGAAUUCCUUUCCCCGUCUUGGUGGUUGGUGGGCAAAGAGCAAGGUGAGCUGCGAGAACAGCACCGGCACCGGGGCUGCUUCCUGUUCCGGCUGUCGAUGCUCAUGCCGAACCUCGGAGUGACGACGGAGGCGGGGUUGGACUCUGGAACGAUCUCAGCGGCAACGGGUCCAGAGGUGUGCGAGCCGCCGUUCGUUUUGGGCGAGGGUGGUGACGCUUCUCGCCGGAUUCGGCCGUCGAAGCGCCCUCGCCGGACAUUCGUCUGUUGGAUCAAGUGGUGGACUUGGCUGAUGUCCAGUCAUCCAGUGCUUCCUGCAAGAGCUUCAGUGCUGGUGGCGGAGAUGUGGCAUCCGCAAACCCUGGGUGCGCGACUCAUGCCGUCGUCUCGCACACAUCCGCCGAGUCCAGCCGCCGCAGUGCCGCGUCGGAUUCCUGCACGGCAUUCAGUUCUGGGGGCGUGUACCUGCCGUCGGCGCGAGACUGCGACAAUACGCCGACCAAGAGGUCCUCGUGCGCCAGAUGAGAGAUCUGUAGUAGUUGAUCAUGUGCCGCCGCUUGAAGCUGCAAUUAGAGGAUUCGCUGAUAGGGGGACUGAGGUGGUCGUCAACCCGGUGCUUGGCACCAUUUUUGAUUCGCUGGCAGAGGCGUACGAAUUCUACAAUCUCUAUUCCUGGGUUGACAAAUACAAGCUUCACAACAACACUUUCCUCAUACAAAUUUUCGAGGUUCGUCACAAGUGGGCGAAGCCUUAUUUUAGUGGCAAGUUAUGUGCGAAGCAAACCAGUACGCAAAGAAGCGAGAGUGCAAACCAUUUGUUGAAAGGCUACAUCCCGCCUGCAUGCCCCAUGAACCUUUUUGUGAAGCAAUAUAGCAAAUUGCAGUUCGACUGAAGAUGAAGAAGGAUUCCAAGAGAAGAGAACGAGGCUGGGUGGGGUAGUUCUCCGAUACAAUUACCCUUUGGAGGAGCAUGCAAGUAAAGUCUAUACCCGGACAAUGUACGAGAUGUUUGGCCAGGCUUUGUAUCGCUCUGGUAGGUAUGAUAUUGAGGAAGUUGAGCGGGGCAUCACCUACCACGUGCGACAUGUUGAAGCUGAGAAGCGAGAGAAGUGGUGCCGUGAAAUGCAUGUGGUCAGUGUCCAUGAUGGUUGUGCUAGGUACACAUGCGAAUGUGGGCUCUUCGAGCACAUGGGGAUGCUUUGUUGCCAUGCUAUCAAGGUUUUAAUUCAUUUGGGAGUGAGAAAAAUACCCAGAUUCCAUGUCAUGAAAAGGUGGACAGUAGAUGCCCGCGACAAUUCGCCACUUCACCUUCUCCAUUACCAAAAGGAUCAAGGGCCUCCGCGGUUAUCCUCCUACAGGCAUACAGCACUACACCUGACCGUGCUCGAGUUUGUCCAUCUUGGUGAUAGCAAUGUCGAUGCCUUUGAUAGAGCAAUGGACAUCUUGAUUGCAGGCAAGGCAGAGCUGACUGUUUUGGCGGCGGUCAAGGAUGGCAAAAGUUUGGUGGACCAAACUCAAAUUGGGGAAUCAGCCAAUCCCACUCAGAGGAUGGGCACAAGUUCUUCGCACCCAGACGACAUGUGUUCUCAGAUGUUCAUCUCCACCGAGUGUGGGCUUAGUUCAGUUUCUGGUGAAGCUGGCUCCAGUAUGUCACUGUCGACGUUGCUGCCGUCUGAUAGGAAGAAGCAGAAGGGUAGGCCAACCACAGUGAGGGACAAACCUGGAUAUGAGGUCAAGGACGCGCGAUCGAGGUUUUGUACGGUUUGUAGGGAGAAAGGGCACCCCGCAGGGGUGAUCUUCCGAAAAAACCUCGCAAAAUCCCUACCUGCGGCAAUUGCGGUGUAGCUGGGCACAAAAAAACCAGUUGUUUCAACCCGGUCUUGCCGUUUGUGAAGCGGCCUCGCGACGGGCCAGUAGAGUGAUGUUCGGUUCAGCGCUUGAAGCAGGUACUUCCUCCGUUCGGAAUUACUUGUCGCGAAAAUGGAUGUAUCUAGAACUAAAAUACGUUUAGAUACAUCCAUUUCUGCGACAAAUAAUUCCAAACGGAGGGAGUAGUUGAAUCCAAAAAUCCAAUCCAGAGUAGUUCGAUUUCCUGCAUUUAUGCUUAAUUUGGGACUGUGAUCUGUUUUUCCAAUAAGCUUUGUGCCUUGCUGGAUGGCAGUUUAAUUUGAAUUCAUGCUAUUACUCUUA